GUCACAUGACAAACCAGGAAAAGCCAGUUCAGAAACUACACAAAACCCAGAUGGAAGGGUACUCCCGUGAAUUACCAUGUCCAAAAACCAGCCAAGAACUUUGAUUCUCCUUGAAAAUGGAGUUUUGUUGUGUUUGUUCUUUGCAGUUUUACCGGCAUUUUGCUCCGUAACUGUGAACCUGAACGGUAAAUGGAAUCUUUCAAACUCCGACGGUUCAGUGUUUCUGGGUGCAGGAGUUCCCGGAUGUGUUCAUUCUGCUCUUCACCAAGCGGGAUUCAUCAAGGACCCGUAUUACAGGUUCAACGAUGUGUCUUACCGGUGGAUUGCCUUUGAUAAUUGGACCUACACAACCACAUUUAGCGCCUCCGCCCAGCUGAGAGCCAAUCAGAGGGUGCUGCUGGUCUUUGACGGCGUUGACACUGUGGCAUCUAUUUGGCUCAAUGGAAUCGUUGUCGGGAAGACAGACAACAUGUUUCGGAUAUACGACUUUGCGGUCAGAGACUUGCUGAAGGACGGGGACAAUGUGCUGAAAGUGAGCCUGUUGUCUCCAGUUCUUUAUGCGUCUGAGCGGAGGAACGCUCAUUCUGCCUACAGGGUUCCCCCCGAAUGUCCUCCAGAUGUCCAGAAGGGGGAAUGUCACGUCAAUUUUAUCAGAAAGGAGCAGAGCUCGUUCAGUUGGGAUUGGGGCCCUUCGUUUCCCACCAUGGGCCUGUGGAAGGGCGUUCGACUGGAGGCCUUCGAUGUCCUGCGGCUCGUCCGGGUUUCCUCUGUCCCUCUACACAAUAACCUGUCUCAGUGGAGAGUCCAGGUGGAGCUUCUCGUCGAUGCCGUUCAGACGACCAGCGGGCGGAUCGCUCUCUCCCUGCCGGAGCUGGACUCUGAGCAGGUCCUCCAGACCCAGUUCCUCCCCGGAAAGACCCGGAACGUCUUCACCCUGAACGUCAACGCGAGCAGCCCCGUGAAGCUGUGGUGGCCCAACGGACACGGGGGGCGGCGCUCCUACCGCCUGCAGGUCAGAGGCUUCCAGGGGCGCGCUUUGAUCCUGGAGGCGGAGUCCAAGGUGUAUUUUCGCUCGGUGGAACUGGUCCAGGAGCCGGUCCCCGGCUCGCCAGGGCUGAGCUUUUAUUUCCGGAUCAACGGGAAACCAAUUUUCCUCAAAGGGUCGAACUGGAUCCCGGCCCACGGCUUCCAGGACCGAGUGGAUCCCGCUGUCUUGAGGAACUUGCUGCGUUCGGCCAAGGAGGCGAACAUGAACGCCCUGAGGGUCUGGGGGGGAGGAGUCUAUGAACAGGAUCUGUUCUACAGCCUCUGCGAUGAGAUGGGAAUCAUGGUAACAUCCCUCAGGGAGGGGAACGUCGCUUCGUGUACCGCUGCCUACGAGACGCAAAGUGUUGAGACGUGUGUGUUUCAGGUGUGGCAGGACUUCAUGUUCGCCUGCGCCAUGUAUCCCACGGAGGAGGACUUCAUACAGAGCGUCAGAGAAGAGGUCGUCCAACAGGUUCAGCGCCUGAAGUCUCAUCCCAGCAUCAUCACCUGGAGCGGGAACAACGAGAACGAAGCCGCUCUGUCGACGAACUGGUUCAACAUCCCCGCCUCUCAGAGGCCCAGGUACCUGAAGGACUACGUCACGCUGUACGUGGACACCAUCAGGGCGCUCGUCCAGGAGGAGGAUCAGAGCCGCCCGUUCCUCGUCUCCAGCCCGACCAACGGCGCCGGGUCGGAGCAGCAGGGCUGGGUGGCGGCGGACCCCUACGACCCCCACUACGGGGACACGCACUUCUACAGCUACGCCCUGGACUGCUGGGACUGGAGGACGUUCCCUCGAACGCGCUUUGCCUCCGAGUACGGCUUCCAGUCGUGGCCGUCCUUCUCCGCUCUGAAGCCGGUUUCCACGAAGGACGACUGGAGCUACGACAGUAAUUUCUCUUCCCACCGCCAGCACCACGAGGACGGGAACCAGCAGAUGUUACGGCAGGCCGCUCUGCACUUCCACCUGCCCAACUCCACGGACCCCGUCAAGGCCUUCACGGACACUCUGUACAUCACUCAGGUCACGCAGGCUCAGUGCGUGAAGGCCCAGACCGAGUUCUACCGGCGGAGUCGGAGCGAGAUCGUCGAGGGCAAAGGUCGCACCAUGGGCGCUCUCUACUGGCAGCUGAACGACGUCUGGCCGGCGCCCUCCUGGUCCUCCAUCGAGUUUGGGGGGAAGUGGAAAAUGCUGCAUUAUUUCGCCCAGAACUUCUUCGCCGCCGUCCUGCCGGUGGGCUUCGAGGACGGCGACGCGCUGCUGGUCUACGCCGUGUCGGACCUGAGACACGAGGUGACGCUCGGCGCCGUGGUGUCCGUGUACUCCUGGUCCCGCCCGGAGCCGGCGUGCACGCUCAGGUCGGACCCGGUCCCGGUCCCCGGAGGCAGCGCCGUGAGCGUUUUUAAGCGGCCGGUCGCCGCCCUGCUGGCGGCGUGCGGCGGCUGCACCCGCCUCACCUGCCUGCUCACCUUCCACCUGGAGGACGGCGGCGGCGGCCAGCGGGGUCCCGCCAACCACCACUUCCUGUGCAAACCCAAAGACGCCCGCGGCCUCCUGAGACCCAACAUCACGGUCACGGUGCGGGAGCUGGACGUGGGCUACGUCUUCAGCGUGGCCCUCCGCUCGGACGCCGUGGCCGCGUUCGUGUGGCUGGACGCGGGCGGCGUCCCCGGCCGCUUCGGCUCCAACGGCUUCCUGAUGGUUUCCGGGUACCGGGCGGUCGUGUUCUACGCCGGGCGCCACACCGCCGCCGCGGAGCUCUCCGGGUCGCUGGUCGUCACGUCUUUGAGGGACGUGUACUGACCUGGGAGCAGAGGUACCGGGACAGAUUGGGUUUUGUCCCGUCCCCCCCCCCAUGAGGGGCAGAAACCAGCUGUUCGACCUGAAGGUUUCCAGACAAAGGGAACUAUUGAAGGUGGGUUGAGCGGCUCCAGACAACAGGGCGACUCACUGUGUUCAGACUUUUACACGAAGCCUUCGUUCACUCAAAAGAAACCUCCCAAGGAACGAAAUGCGACGUCGAUGGAGGUAAACAAGCAAAUACAAACCACACACGUCUUUGAUCAUUCAGCCGCUGAAGCUCUUUCAUGGAAAAUGUUCUAUUUCCUCCACCGAUCCGUAGUUUCUUUGUAAUAAUCUGAACACUACAGAUCCUGUUGUUGUCACUGAUGUGUUCAUUAGAUCCAGUAAAAGAGCUUUGAUAUCAA